UUACUGAAUUAAAUAUGCCCAGCUUCACGUAAUUAAUUUUCGUAAGUUGUUUACUACUACACUAUGCUCUGGUAUGUCGCAAAGUUCAUAAGUUAUACUAUUUUUUAUUAUAUAGUGCAGAUGAUUUCAUACAGUUACCUGAAACUCAUUACAGUUUGAAGCGCCAGAACAAGAAAUGUAUGCGGUAACCGGAAAAGUUGCACUGAUUACUGGGGGUUCUCGUGGUAUCGGCGCCGGAAUAGCAAGGGAAUUUCUAAAAGCUGGAUUAAAGGGAGUUACCAUUGUUAAUAUCAACGAAGAAGAAGGGUUAAACAUGGUGGCUGAACUUAACAACGAAUUUGGCCAAGGGAAGGCUGCAUUUUUCAAGACGGAUGUGUCGGUUCGCGAAGAGUUUGAUGCCGCAUUAAGACGAACCGUGGAAGUGUAUAACAAUUUGGAUAUUGUUGUAAACAACGCCGUCAUAAAUGGCGAACGGGACUGGGAACGAAACAUUGCCGUGAAUUUGAUCGAUCCGAUUAAUGGUACGGUUUUGGCACAUGAAAAGUAUUUAGAAACGUAUAGAAGUGGCGAAGAAGCUGUAAUCAUUAACGUUUCAUCCGUAGCUGGGUUAUACCCUUGUGCUCCGUUACCCAUCUAUGCGACGGCAAAAUCUGGAAUAAUUGCCUUAACGCGCUCAAUGGGGUGUAGUCCCCAUUAUACUCGAACUAAAAUUAAAGUAAUCGCAGUUUGCCCUGGUGCUACAGACACACUUGCUCUUACAAUCGUUAAAUUUCUGGGGCCCGCUUAUAGUGAUUUAUACGAUGAUCUUCGAAAAUGUACUCCACCACCUCAAAGGGUUUCUUCAGUUUCUAAAGGCAUACUGCAAAUAAUUGAAGAGGGCGAAAGCGGAUCUGUACCUAUGGGUUGUUGACCAGAAUAAGAAACCCUCGGAGGUUGAGUUUUUAAUUAAAACUCAAAGUGAAUGACGAGAAUUUAGUCCAAAAUUCACUUUAGAGCAAAAUCUGGAUCCUUGACGAUUCACAAAUCAUUGGUUAUUGCAAUACCGUGUCACUCAUAAUCACUCAUUACGUCAUACAUGCAAAAUACAUGUAUACAUUUGGUAGUAAAGUUA